UCAUAACAUAAAUCAGCUCAAAAGGUAUAAAAUCGUAAAAAUUUAAUGUCUUUUACUAAACCCAGAAAGCUAUCAAUGCCAAUUUGGAAGAUAAUCCCAAAAAUUUAAGGGUCAGCUCCUUGAAUAUCUUGAAUCAUGUUUUGGCUCUAUAAAUACCAUAGAACUAGUGUUGAACAAUCACAACAAACAGCAAAAAACCUUAUAGUGUGAGAGUACAGGCGUUGACAAGAAACUUGAGCUUGAAGACGAAAUGGGUCGUUCUCGAGGGAAUUUCCACUCCGACGAGGACCCAACGCAAAGAUCAAGGAGAAAGAAGAAUGCACCCAGUGGAGAAAAUUCGGACUCUGCAUUUGCAGGUCAAGGAUCAAGUGAAGGGAAAAGGGCUUUAUACCACUGCAACUAUUGCAACAAGGAUAUUACAGGGAAGAUCCGCGUCAAGUGUGCUGUCUGCCCUGAUUUUGAUCUCUGUGUAGAGUGCUUUUCCGUUGGGGCUGAAGUGACACCUCAUAAAUGCAAUCAUCCUUACAAAGUUAUGGACAAUUUAUCUUUCCCCCUUAUAUGCCCAGAUUGGAAUGCAGAUGAGGAAAUGCUGCUCCUAGAGGGAAUCGAAAUGUAUGGCUUGGGAAAUUGGGCAGAGGUUGCUGAGCAUGUAGGAACAAAGAAUAAAGAAAGUUGUAUUGAACACUACACAAGUGUUUAUUUGAACUCACCAUACUUUCCUCUUCCAGACAUGUCACAUGUUGUUGGAAAAAAUAGAAAGGAGCUUCUAGCCAUGGCCAAAGGACAUAGUGAGGAUAAGAAAGGUGCUUUGAUGCUUGGGGAGCUUAACAUUAAGGAAGAACGCUCCUUUUCGCCUUCAACAGUGAAGGUUGAAGAAAUGCACAGGACGGGCCCAUCAAACCGUUUACUCUCUGGCGGGAAAGCAGAGUUAGAUUCUGGGACUCAUUCUGGCAGCAAAAGCAUGGAAGCAGCUGCUGACAUGGCCCAGGUUAAAGAUGACUCCAGCAUCAUCAAGAUGGAAGAUCCUCAAACAGACAGAAAUUUUGGGGGAAAGAAACCAAACUCUCUGGGGAAUGAUAAUCUACUAGAGUUGAGUGGUUAUAACCCCAAAAGACAAGAGUUUGAUCCUGAAUAUGACAAUGAUGCUGAGCAGUUGCUGGCUGAGAUGGAAUUCAAGGAUACAGACACGAACGAAGAACGUGAGCUGAAGUUACGUGUGCUGCAUAUUUAUUCAAGAAGACUUGAUGAGCGGAAACGUAGAAAGGAUUUCAUAUUGGAAAGAAAUUUGCUGUAUACAAAUCCUUUUGAGAAGGACUUGUCUCCUGAAGAGAGAGCAAUAUGCCGGAGCUAUGAUGCUUUCAUGCGUUUCCAUUCAAAGGAAGAGCAUGAGGAACUACUUAGGACUGCUAUUCAAGAGCAUCGGACUUUGAAAAGGCUCCAAGAACUGAAAGAGGCUCGAGCUGCUGGCUGUCGUACAUCAGCUGAAGCAGACAGAUACCUUGAACAGAGGAGGAAAAGACAGUCUGAAGAAAGCUCCCGGAGGGCAAAAGAAAGUACCCAGGUUGGAACAAGCAUUCAGGGAGGUCCAAAUGCAUUCAUGGCAUCAGAGCCGGUAAGCAAGGAUUCCAAUUGCAGACCUUCAGGACAGACUUCUUCAAGCUCUCUCAAUGAUCUGGACAUACUAGGCUUUUCUGAAACACAACUGCUAUCUGAAUCUGAGAAACGCCUAUGUCGUGAGAUUAGGUUGCCUCCUCCUCUCUAUCUUAGGAUGCAACAAGUUAUCUCAGAAGAGAUCUUCAGGGGAAACGUCAAGAAGAAGUCUGAUGCUCAUUCAUUGUUCAAGAUGGAGCAUUCUAUAGUAGACAGGGUUUAUGAUAUCCUGGUCAAGAAGGGGAUUGCUCAACCCUGAAGCUAUUAAAUUAUCAAUGACCCUUUGCUUUGUAACUCAUCUAACCUGUAAAUUGCUUUCUCUUCUGUAAAUCACCAAACAAAAGAAAUUCCAUGUGAACCCAUGCCUAUUGUGAACCCAUGCUUAUGCUUCAUGUAAUGGGUUUAUGAUAUCCUCGCCAACCCUAAACCCAUUAAGUUAUCAAUGAACUUCUGCUACUAACUCAUCCAAUCUGUAAAUUAUUCUCUUCUGUAUGCCACUUUGUUCCAGAAUGAAAUGAAGGAAAUUCCAUG